AGGGACACUGCAGAAGCUGCAGUAGCGACUUGAGUGAGGCGGAACCGGAGGGGGAGUCGAGAAGUUACUUUUUGAAGACCGUUCUUCGCCGUGCGUAAAAUGAAAGUGGUGCGUAAAUGUCCGCGCGUCCCCGUCUGGAUAAGGUGGUAGAUGAUAAACGCAAAACUCGCUCGGAACUAGUGACAGCGGUGAAAGUCUGCCUCUGCCACGGAUGCUGUUGAAUGUGGUCUCGGGUCUGCGCUCCUGCUCCUGCCUGUGAGAUCUGAUUUGUGCCAUGGCUUACUCUCAGCUGGGAUACCCAUACUCCACCACACCGCAGUUUCUGAUGACCUCAAGCUCUCUGGCUGGUUGUCUGGAACCGGGAACUCCUCCGUCUCACCCGGUGCUGCGCUCCCCCGGGCCCCAGCUCACCCCGAGCACCGGCAUCGGAGUCUACAGCGGCCCUUACCCAAAGAGCCAAGGUUACUACAACGCCUGCACCAGCGAUGCCACAGCGCUCUAUUCCAGAGGGCCAUUGGAUCCAAAAGACGGGGCUGCAUCUGUGCAUGUGGGGACAUCUCAGACUCCUGCCUACUACCCCUAUGAAUACACAUUUGGACAAUAUUCUUAUGACAGAUAUGGGUAUUCCUGCUCUGAUGGUGCUUCUCGUCGCAAAAAUGCCACCCGAGAGACCACCAGCACCCUGAAAGCCUGGCUGCAGGAGCACCAGAAGAACCCCUACCCCACAAAGGGAGAGAAGAUAAUGCUGGCUAUCAUCACCAGGAUGACUCUCACACAGGUGUCUACAUGGUUUGCCAAUGCACGCAGGAGGCUGAAGAAGGAGAACAAGGUGACGUGGUCACCGCGAGCUUGUAAAGGCUCUGAUGAUCGAGGCUGUGAUGAUGACAGUGAUGAAGCUGAGAAGCCAGUUAAAGAUGAAAAAGACCAUCCUGAUCAACAGUGUGCCGACCUGCAGAGUGAUCUCGAGGACUUCGACCUGCUGGAGUCUGACGCUUCUGACUCUGAACCGAAGCCACAAUUCCUACCUGAGGACGAUGGAGAAAACCCAAACACAGAUCUCCCACACGAGCACCUCACACACAACCCUGAACCGCUUCACCGAAAAGACAGAUUGUCCCCAGACUGCCCCAGACUCACACCAGUCCAACACCAAAACACCUCCUUCUUUCCAAACCCAGACCUUCAAGGCACAGAUGUCAAGCCGAAAAUAUGGUCCAUCGCUCACACUGCUGCGUCUUUGGAUGGCAGCUUGCAGCCAGAGUACCCUCCCUGUAUGCUCUCAUCCAACGGCUCCUCCUCUCCUGUGUAUCCAUCAAGUAUGGGGCUCACUAAGGCAGACAGGCAACAGGAAUCACCAGUCGCCACGCUCAGAGAAUGGGUGGACGGAGUAUUCCAUGGUCCGCCUUUCCAACAGCCCAAACCAGCUGAAGUGUGGAAAGGCUUUAAUGACGCCGCGAUAGACGUCAGAAUACCUGGACAACCCUUUGAACUUGUUCGGUCUACGUCAUCUUUGUAGUCCAACUCAUCAACAACGGAAUAUUUCAAAGACUGCUGGACAUGAAGUCUAUAUUGUGUUGUUGUGACGAUUGACCAUUUGCUGAGCACCACCCUUUUACUCACUGUUGCUACGCCAAUCAAUCUUUCCAUUCAUGCAGUGUAACUUUGGCAGAUGUAGCCGGCAAAUUUGUAAUUUUUUUUAAAGACAGAGAUAUACAAAUUCCAAAAACUCCUCAUUAAUCAUAUUGUCAAUUAGUUUAGUUCAAAAACACCAACUCUGAAUGACUUUUAAAACUGCAGUUUGUAAACAUGUCUUAAAUAUGCACUUGACGGCCACAUAGAUUGACAGGAAAAGAUUGAGGCGAGAGUUUCAUGUC